AUUGGCCGAUGGGGUCUGUAAAAUCUCUCACAAUCAAAUAAAAAAUGUAAUAACCUACAUAUCAAACAGAACGCAUUCCGUCCACAAUAAAAAAACGGUUGCCAGGUAACACAAUUUCUCAUUUUAAGAACUCAUAUUUUACUAUUAUUUAAAAAAAGCUAAAUUAAUAACAAGACAGCGGAUGGGGGAAAAUUAACAUGACAAGACAAUUAUUGUACAUCCUCAAAAAUAAACAAUUUUCCAGGUUUUUGAAAGGUUUUUGUUUGUUCCAUCUGUUACUAGGCGCGUAGGCCUGCCAUAUUUCGAUUUUUUCGUUUUAAUUGCAGUUACAAUGUCCUUUUACGUUUCUCUGUUUUAUAUGACCACCUGAUUAGCUGGGCUGAACUACAAUAACAGCACGACAUGGACAACAUAGUGAAACUAAAUACAUUGACAAUGAACCGCGAGGCAUAUUCAGACAUGAUCAAAGAUUAUAUUUUGUAGCAAAACGUGUAUUUUACAAUAUAUGUAAAAAAUAUAUUCGCCUGAUAUGCACUCAGAAUUAUGACGAGCAAGACGAGGUGAAACAUGUUUUUUUUGUUCGAGCUUUUUACGAAGAUGUGAAAUAAAAAAUGCUAUAUAAAAUGUCUGUAUUUAAUCAUUUAAAUAUAGCCUCUAUGGAUUUUUCGAUGUCAUCCCCACAUGUGUGUCAAUAAGCAUAGCCUACAUAAACCCAAACAACCCACGCAUGCUAUGUAUUCAUACAAUUGUGUUUUCAAGUCUGCACAGAGUAGUAGACAUAUUGAUUUGUUGUAAGGAAAAUACAGACCUAUGAGUGCAUAACCGACCAUACUCAGUCGUCCACAGAGAAGGUUUGGGGAUAAAUUGUUCGGCGGCUUUCACGAUGCUGGGUGCAGUUAAAAUGGAGGGACACGAACAUUCAGACUGGAGCACCUAUUACGCAGAGCCAGAGUGUUACACCUCUGUUGGAAAUAUGAACCCGGGGCUGGGGAUGAACUCCAUGAACACGUACAUGAGUAUGUCAGGAAUGAGUUCUGGCAACAUGACCGCCAGCUCUAUGAACAUGUCCUACGUGAACACAGGAAUGAGCCCGUCCGUAACGGGCAUGUCACCGGGUGCUGGGGCCAUGAAUGGCAUGGGCGCAGGGAUGGCGAGCAUGAGCGCGGCGCUCAGCCCGAGUAUCAGCCCCAUGGCCGCACAACCUCCGUCUAUGAACGCCUUGAGCUACACCAACAUGAACGCCAUGAGCCCCAUGUAUGGACAAUCUAACAUUAGAUCACGGGACCCGAAAACAUACCGGAGAAGCUACACGCACGCCAAGCCCCCUUAUUCGUACAUUUCCCUCAUCACCAUGGCCAUUCAACAGUCGUCCAACAAGAUGCUCACGCUGAGUGAGAUCUACCAGUGGAUCAUGGACCUUUUCCCGUUUUACCGUCAGAACCAGCAGCGCUGGCAGAACUCUAUCCGCCACUCCUUGUCUUUCAAUGACUGCUUCCUUAAAGUGCCCAGGUCCCCGGACAAACCGGGCAAAGGCUCAUUCUGGACUCUUCACCCCGACUCCGGGAACAUGUUUGAAAACGGCUGCUAUCUCAGGAGGCAAAAGCGAUUUAAAUGCGAUAAAAUGCACUGUAAAGAGUCCAACAGGAAGGCAUCAGAGGGCGGAUCUAACAGUAGUUCUGAAAGCUGCAACGGACACGAUUCACCGCAUUCUAAUUCAUCCUCUAAGGACCCCAAAAGGUCUGCGUCUGAUGCGAAGUCCAGGCAAGACCUGAGCCCCGAACACGCGGCCUCACCCGCCUCCCAGGCGCACCACCUGAUGUCACAGCAUCACUCGGUCCUCGUGCACGAAGCUCACCUGAAGCCGGACCACCACUUUUCCUUUAACCAUCCUUUCUCUAUUAACAAUCUCAUGUCUUCGGAGCAACAGCACCAUAAAAUGGACCUAAAGGCAUACGAGCAGGUGAUGCAUUACUCUGGGUAUGGUUCUGCAAUGACAGGUGCGCUAUCCAUGAGUUCAAUGGCGAGCAAAACGGGCUUAGAAUCCUCACCAAUAUCCGCUGACACGUCCUACUACCAAGGUGUGUAUUCCAGACCGAUAAUGAACUCUUCUUGAAUAUUCUACGACAGAUGGACUUUACCGGAAAUUUGUACAUUUGUAAAUUGAUAAUUUGUGCGCACUACAAAGUAUUUUUGAUGUUUCCCACUGAUCCUAUAGUUGUCAAGGUUGUUAAACAUUUUUGUAAAGGGGUGUUAAAAUGUGAUAAUAUCUGUUUGUUGUUUUCAUUAUCGAGUUUUAAUAUGGACCGAAAAUGGGUUAGUGUUGUAAAAUAAAAAUGAAGAUUCUAUGGUAAUUACAUAAGAUGCAAUUUUGGAAACUGAAGUUUUUCAGACGAGUAACUUAUCGUUUGUGUAUUCCUUAUUUAUGGCUUGUUAUUGUGAUAUUCUUGUAGUUGACAAGAACAUAAUGUAUAUUAAAGUGUUAUUUGGAUUGUUUAUGAA